AUGCCUCCGAUGGCUUCCUCUCGCAAAGUAACGGUAGCGUCAAGAAGUUCGGAGCGCAAGGGAAAGCAGAAAGCGAAAGACGAGUCUCCAGAACAGCAAAGGAUUUCUGCGAUGAUUGAUGUCAACGCAUCUCUACAGACGUUAUCAUCAGUGGCACAAUCCGGCUGGAAGGCAAAUUCGCAGGAGGGAAGAACGAAGUCGAGCGCGCUCAGCAAGGUGUCAGCUGCCGUCUCUCGUGCAAAUGAAGCUUUGUCAUGUCUUCGUGUUCUAUGUCCGGAUGACCUUGACGUAGAACGCGCCGCAUCCAGCAUGAUGAGCAAGCUGCUUGUGUUGGAGAUGCAUGAUGCUGCCCUUCCUUUCCUUGGUGAUAUGCAUGCUCGUCUGCUCGCUUUGCUUGGGGUACCUGACCCCAAAGCAUCAGCCCACUCUGCCUCUACUUCAAAGUCGCCAGUUCGCCUGCUUUCCCUCCCGAUGCCAAUGAUACCGCCACCAGCCGACGCUGUGCUCCUCACGCUUAUUUCAACGUAUCUAAUGCACGCAAUAAUUUUCUUCACACACAUCACGAUGUCUCCCUCGUCAUCGACUAUCACUACCCUGGACUCGUUCUCCACGACUCUGAUAGGAUCCGGCACGCUCUUGACAUGGAUGCCUUAUUGUGUAUCCUUGCCUAGCAAGCACAUAGACACUACGCUCACACGGGCAUAUACGGUGUUGACAAAAUCAUGCUCUUCAAUUUCUGCGAAUGCGCGCUCAACCUUCCUCAUCCGUGUAUAUGCACUCAAGUGCCUUCUAUGCACGAGCCCUGGAACUGUUCAGCCAAACACAUUCUGGGAUCAAAUCCAGAAGUCGUGCACAGUGUACGUCAGAUCCUCUUCUCCCAUGUCAGAAGCGGAGGAGCUCCCCGUCGCAACACUUUUGUCAGAGUCUCUUGGUGAGGUCGUACAGAUCGCACAGUCCAAACCAAUGUUUCUAGAGGGAAAAUCGUUUGUCCUUCUCUGUGAGACGUGGACAAGUUUUGCAAAGCGCAGCAACGAUUUUCGCACCCUUGAUCGCAUAAUAAACCUGAUGGGUCCGGGAUCUUCAUCUUGCUCGUUGGCCGAGGUCGAUGGCUUAGCCAACAAUCUCAGUAAACUCGACAUCUCUGCUCCGUCGCCCCAGGACAAGGACACUGCUGUUCUCGAGUGUGCAAGGGCUUUGGCAGUAUUAACUAAACUCACUGCAUGCUUGGAUGCAAACUCCGAUGAAACAGAACGUGUUCACGAAGCAGCGAAAGUUCUCCCUGGUUUGGGGGGCCUUUUAUGCCUUUCGACUGAACCAAACGAUGAGUUGCACCGUGCGCAAGGAAAGCUCCAACGUGCCCUAGAGAGAUUCAGACGAGCUUGCAUCAAGGUCCUGGAUGGGGAGGCGAAGGUCCAAAAUCAUGUAAUAAUUUCCCUACUAAUGACAAUCUCCACUGCCCUGGAAGGCGUGUUCAAGCAGAACCCAAGUAAGGACAUCUUGACCGCAUCCCUCGAUUCACUAUUUAUCCUUGCGCGCAUACGGCUUAAAUGCGAUGAUCCUGACACCUAUACGCCCACUCUCGACCUCCUCAACCAUACUAUGGUCCUUCUGAACUCCACCCCCGACCAUCUAAACGCCAUCCCAGUUUCUGCACGUGCCAACUACACCCGCUGUAUCUCGGGGGCAUAUCACAAUCUGGCCGGCACACUGUAUCAAUGCUCCAAGUACGGGGGUGCGGUGCGUUUUCUGAAGGAAGGAUGUUCACUUGGUGCACGGGCACUUCACAUACGAGCGGGUGUUAUGCAAGACGACACAGAGGAUGGUGAACGAGACGAAGGGUGGAAACAACUCGAAGAACAGAUGUUUCGGAGGUGGGAGCUUCUUGCGGUGUGCUAUUCUAAGAUGGGGGACCGGAAGCUUGCGUGUGGCGCAUUUGUGGAGAGCGUAAAGGCCUUUCCGUACGGCUCAUCCGGUCUGGAGCACCUGGCUAGGUCAGCAACAUCGACGAAUGCUUUCAGCGCGAAUGCAAGCACAAAGCAGCUUAGUGGGAUAAUCGACAGACUAACAUACACAGCGACAUGCGAACUUUUUCUCCCUACAAAUGAAGUCAGCCUCCAUACUGCACUGAAGUCGGGUGUUAUUGGGCAUGAGGUCCUGGGCCUGCUGCUCGAGCGUCAGAUUUCGAUUCUCGAACCUUGCCUUCGGAAGGAUGGUGUGCAAACUAUUGUGCGCGGGCUGUUGCGAGAUGCUCUGUCGGUGUAUAAGGCCACCGUUCUUCCGUUGCGCAGGGCUAGAGUCCUCUUGAAGUGCAUGGAGCUCUUAUGGAAGGAUGGGAAUGCCAACGAUGGAGAGACUUGCUGGACAGCGGAGCACCUGGGUGAAGAAGUUUUGAACCUGCUCACUGUUGAGGACCUUGGGCACGACUCCGCCUUUGUAGCAUUCCGUUUACAGUACACUGUAGCGGUUCAUCUUUGGUUGAGCCUCUUCGCGUAUCGUAGCGCAGGAUCACCAAUGACUUCGACUGUGUCAUACCAUGUAGAGGAGGCGUGCAAUAUCCUGCGCAGGCUUAUUCCUAACUCUUCGACUGAAACGGAUCCAAAGACAAAGCGAUCGCCUGCUCAUGCGAAGAAGUCACCUAAAGACACUGUGCCUGCGAAGAAGCCGACAAGAGCUGUGAGCGUCCGUACGACAAACAAGGCCAGAGCACAAAAUCCUGUUACACCACGUCCGCGUAAAGCUCUCGAGAAUGUGUCGAAUGUCACUCAGAGCACACCUCCGAAGCAGGCUGGUGCUACGACUGGUGUUCAGAAGGCGGUGGUUGUGUUCGACCUCGAGACAAUCGUCGGUCAACUUCAAAUGAACGUCCAUUUGCUUGGACUUCUGGGUCUGGUCUUACUAAAGAUCAAGCUUCUUGAGGCUCUGAAGCGCAUCUGCGAGCGUCAACUCGUCGUAUCCGCUAAUUUAUACAUCAUUAUAUGCGCUGAUCUCGCGUCAGAGUAUGUUAAAUUGGGAAAAUCGAAGCGGGCCAAUUCCAUUUUUGCACGGAGUUCAGCGGUGCUGAAAUCGAGUGAUGUUUCCGACGAAGUACGUAUCAGUUAUUUGCUAAGAUAUGCGGAGAUUUUGGCUCUUGGAAACAACAUUCUUGGAAGUGCUUCCUUCUACUGUGAAGCCAUGGGUUUGUCAGAGGCUUCUCCGCCCGAAGACAAAGCUCUACCGACUGCUGAACGGAUAAGGCUGCGUGUUGGACGGCUCGAGCGUGCGGCGAUGGCUUGUAGAGUCUCCGCAGCUAUUCAAUACUCCAGGAACAAUGUAGUUGGUGCUUUAGAGUGCACGUUGCAAUCGUUGCGACUGUGGAAUCGUGCGGUGGACACGCUUUCUCGAUUAAGCCAGCCUUCCUCCAAACCCACCAAGGCAACCGAUGAUUCGAAUCCAUUUGAGGCUACUCCUCCAGAAUCGUCAACCGCUAGCGAUACUCGGUCCAAUGAUCACUCGAGAUCAUUAGGUCAGAGACGUCUCAUGGACGGGAUGGAGUGGCAAAUGGUUGAAGGACUACUUUCAACCCUGCUGACCCUCACUCAUGCCUACUUCACCCGUGGUUCUUGCCGCGAAGCUGAGUAUUUUGCUCAGCAAACGCAGGACCUCGCCGAGUCCGUCAACGCCCCGACCAUGGUUGCUCGUGCACUGAUGCGCAAGGGUGAGAUCCAAUUGUACCAGAGGCAGCUAGAUGCAGGUAGGGACAGCUUGGCCAAGGCUGCGGAGUUGUUGCAAGAUCUGCCGGGUGUAGAUGCAGCUGAUAUGAGGCGGCUGAAUGGAGAUUGGAAUCGCUUGAAUGAGCAAGUCCAGGACGCCAAGGACCUCUACGAAGAGGCAUCUACGAUGCUUGGGGAACUAGAGGGAAUUCGCCGUAAAUCCAGCUCUGGCUACUGCGCGAUGAUGGAGAAUGCUACGAUCAAGGAUUUGAUAGAUCGUCUUAUGGCUUUGCCUGCUUCCCAAGACACAAAAGGAGAAGAACAUGCACUUAUGGGGAAACUCACCCUGCAUAGCGUCUACGACCAAUUCCGUUCAGAUAUGUUCCUGAGUUCCCUGGCUGAAUCUACAAUUGCACUUCCGAUGGGCAUGACAAGCGACCGAGCGGUAUCGCUUACACCUUCGACACAAGAUAUCUUGAGUACUCUGGACCAGGCAGAGAAAUUAUUCUGGGCUGACCUUGCGCUUACCGCGGAUCGGGGGAAUACAUCCCUUGGAAAGGGGGGAAAGGAUGGACCCAUUAUUGCUGCGCGCCUUCUUGAUGCGUCAUCCGCAAUUACUCUACGCCGUGAAAUGCUAGAGGCUAUUCAGCAUAAAUUCCCCAGCGUACAAUUCGACGAUCUUGAAUGGCCCCUUAUGACGCCCAGCGGUUCCCCGCUGCCUCGGAAGAGUCCAUCUCAAAUUUGGCGGCUGAAGACCUCCAACACUGAGGAAGCAUCUGACGAUGACGAUGAUUCGAACGCAAGCAUGACGGCGUACUGGGAUUCUAUUCGCGAGACGUAUGCAGAGCAGACUUCAGACACUUCCUUGCUAUCGACCACGACCAUGUCACAGUUUCCAUCUCAUUGGACGAUCGUCCAUAUCAGCCUCACGCCUGAUAAGAGUACCCUCUUUAUUUCCCGGCAGAAUGUUUCUUCUGAGCCGUUGAUGUUCUGUGUGCCUCUCAAAGGCCGACGCGAAUCAGACGAGGACGAACACCUGACGUUUGACGAUGCGGUGAAAGAGCUCGCUGAAAUAAUCCGCUUAAGCGACCAAGGGACACGCAAUGCAGUCAAUGUACGAAAUGAUGAUCCGCGAGCAAGAGCUGCCUGGUGGGCGGAGCGCAAUACAUUGGAUAAAAGGAUGCAAGAACUGCUGGAGAACAUCGAAUUUUGCUGGUUGGGUGCAUUCAAACCGAGCUCAUCACUGACCUGCGCGCUUCGUCUCGAGAAGGUGUUCAAGCGCAUUCUUCCUCCCCCAGACAAGAAACAGAAGCAGCCCCCUCGCUUGUCUGACGUGCUCCUCGAUUGCUUCUCAUCCCUGAGUCCAAAGUGUCGUGAGGAAGAGCUUGAAGACUUACUCUUUUUCAUCCUUGACCUGUACACCUUCCAUGGCAUCCCUGUCGCCAUCGCAGAUAUAGACGUAGAUCAAGUAACAGUGGAUCUUCGCUGUGCGCUGGAGGAGCAUACCGCCUUCAAGAACAAGCGAGGGAAGGUGAAUCCAACUUCCGUAGACGACCCCCACAUGUUCCUCGUCCUGGACCACAAUGUACAAGGCGUUCCUUGGGAGUCGAUACCAGUCUUGAGGGGCCAGAGCGUGAGCCGUAUCCCGAACGUUUCAUUCUUGCUUGAUCGGGUUCGACUUGCGUCUGCCAAGAACCGAUCAGGGGGCGUUGUUGAUCGGACAUCCGUGGAUCCACGCAAGACGUUCUUCGUGCUCAACCCUAGCGGAGACUUGAAAGGGACUGAGGGACGAUUCAAACCAUGGCUUGAACAGAUGCGGAGUGUAGGCUGGGAGGGAGUCAUUGGACGUCCGCCAAGCGAACAGCAGUUCUUAGAUGCCCUUGCGCGGAAAGAUCUGGUAGUGUAUUUCGGACACGGUGGAGGAGAACAAUACGUGCGGUCACACAAAAUUCGUCAUUUGCCUCGCUGUGCAGCGACGAUGUUGUGGGGGUGCUCCAGCGGGUUAUUGAAGGAGAUGGGUGAUUUUGACAGAGUAGGCACUCCGUUCAAUUACAUGCUUGCUGGAUGCCCUUUACUAGUGGCGAAUCUUUGGGAUGUCACUGACCGCGAUAUAGACAAGUUUUCACAAGCAGUUUUUGACUCGCUGAGAUUGACUCCGACUCGUGGAGAGGAGCAGGGUAUGUCAGCAGUUACCGCAAUUGCAAAAGCCCGAGAGGCAUGCAAACUUAAGUAUCUCACUGGGGCAGCACCAGUUGUAUAUGGGAUUCCGUUCUACCUAUAA